ACCAACAUGUUCUUGAGUAUUGCACUUUUCUGUCUCUUUUUUCAGACAUCAAUUUUCCCAGUCUCUGGAAUAAACAGGGAUAAAGUGACCCAGUUACCAGUGAACGUGACUGAACCUGUGGGUGCAAAUGUGUCCUUCCAGUGCUGGCUUCAUUCUUUUCAAAACGACCAAGCUGUCAAGGUAAUCUGGUGGAAGCAAGGUGAUCCUCAUUAUCUCAACGUGGAACAAGAUGACCGAAAAGUAACUGGCCGCAAAAAUAAAUACAGUGGCUUCCUUCAGAUAUUCAAUGUCAAUGUACAGGACAGAGGAAUGUACUAUUGCACAAUCGUCCGUCAAGGCAAAUUGAUUGGAAACGGAACAGGGUCCAAUUUAACAGUGUUGGUUCCACCGACUCCACUGAAUAUUCUCUCUCAGCAGCCUGGAAAAGAUCCAUCCGUGACCCUUGCUGUUUUAUGCUCCACAUCUCCUUUUUACCCGAGUGAUAUCAGCUUUACUUGGUACAAAGAUGGCAGUAAAACUACAACAGGAAUCAGUACAGUAAUUCGCGCAAUAGACGACAGACUAUACGAAGCAUACAGCCGGUUGGAAGAAACACAGGCAAUCCGAGCCAGAACUGUUUACACCUGCAUGGUAUCCCACAGCACCCUCCAAAUUUCAGCCGUGGUCAGUCACAUCGUAACGAAUGGCAACCCAGAUCGUGCGAUCACAAAGUAUUUGAUGAUUUCUGCAAAUGUAUCAGGUGGAAUGAUAUUAUUGGUGCUCAGCCUCAUCAUAGUGAAACGAUACGCAGCAAAGAAAAGUAUAGUAGUGAAAUCCAAUGAUGAAAAAUCGAGUAAUGAUGAACAUAAGGGAAUAACUGAUACGAUGACACCUUAUGCUGCACUAACUAUGAACAAUUUACAGAAGGCUCCAAGACCAAGGCAUCAUGAAAUGGUAGUAUAUGCUCAGAUAGGGGAAAAACUCAGAAAACAAUGACACCAUAUAACAGUAAUUAAGAUUCGAUUAGAGCUCAGGGUAUGAAACAUCCACAAUUCUACUUUUUCAAAAUCCAUUGCACUUGCACUAAUUCAUUGAGGCACUCUCUAUUUUAAUUGCUUUACCUAAUAUCUGAAUCCAAGUGACUAAACAUUCCUGAAACAUCGAUUCACCUGCUCCUCGACCUGGCCUGCUGUGUUUUUCCAGCAUCAUAUUUUUCAACUCACAAUAUACCAUCAAUUUCAGUUAGAUCCUCACUCAUCAUUUUAAACUCCAUCUAUUCCAGACCCAGAGUCCUUGACUGCUCCUCAUAUAGCAAGCACCACUCUUAUAAUUGUCCUCUGGACUCCCUCCAAUACCAGUACAUCCUUCCUUAAAUAUGCAGCUCACACUGCUCACAAUAUUCCCUAUACUGUCUGACCAGAGCCUUAGCAGCCUUUACAGUACACCAAUGCUUUUGUAUUCUAGCCUUUUUGAAAUGAGUGUGAACAUUGCAUUUACCUUCCAACUGCCUGAACCUACAUGUUAAUGUUGAGAGAAUCUUGAAUGAAAACUUCUAAGACCCUUUAUGCAUCAGAAUUCCAAAACCUUUACCCGUUUGUAAAGUAACCUAAGCCUUUAUUCUUCUUGCCAAUGUGCACAACCUCACACUUUCUCACAUUGUAUUCCAUCUGCCAUUUAUUGCCAACUCUCCUAGCACAUCCAAGUCCUUCUGCAGCGUCCUCACUUCUUCAACAUGUCCCGCCCCUUUUGCAACAAUCUUCAACCAGAAGUGGUGACUGGAUGAGACAUGUAAGCCACCUCCAGAGUUCCCCAUCACAGGUACAAUUCUUCAGCAAAUUCCUUAAUUACAUGUGAUAUGCACAAACUUAGAAAAGGAACCAAGACAGAGUAAAUUCAGCCAUAGUGUGUGUGUGAUAGAGUGUGUGUGUGUGUGUGUGUGUGUGUGUGUGUGUGUGUGUGUGUGUGUGUGUGUGUGUGUAUAAUUUACAGAUCCCAGUAGAGGUGGAUCAUGCUGUGAUUGUCUGAGUGUGAAGUAAUGAUAUUUACAGAGUCCAGAACGGGGAGAUUGCUGUUGGUGGUGUGUAUGCAGUGACUGAAGCCACCCUGAGUUUAAGCAGCUACUUCCCAGCAUUGAGAGAUGAACUGUUGAUGAAAAAGUGGAACAGCCUUGUAAUGUCUCUUGAUAUGUUUCUCGGA